AAAAAUGAUUGCUUCUUUCAUUAUUUCAACAGUCGGUCUUCCCUUUUUUCUCCGUCUUCACAAGCACUUUUCUUCUGUCUUUCUUUCUUUCGUUCUCACUCUUUCUCUUCUUCUUCUUCCUCGUCACCACCGCCGAUACAUACACCUUGCCCCCAAUGACGACCGAGCGGUCUUCGUUGCUAGAGCGUAGACGACAGUCAAACUACAACAGCGUCCAAGAAUUUCCUACGCUAUCAUCUUCCGGUGACAUCCGUGCCAUCAGCAACAUUUCUGCCCCACCUACACUCAUCAGCCCUGGGUUCCCUAGCACACCCAGUCUGCGAGAUGAGCGCCACCAGAACCGCUUCAAGCUGUUCAACAAGCGCUUAGGCUCAUAUGACGAGGACCGUCAAGGACUGCUUAAAGAAAACACUGGUCUUCGAGUGUGGUACGAAUCUUAUUCUACAAUCGAUUGGAUCCACGAAAUCAUCAAAGAAGGCGUCCGUGUGCGUAAGCUGCGGGAAGCACCUGGCUGGCGCGGGCGUUGGGACAAGGCCAAGGACGCCUCGCAAGCGUGGAUCCUCGUCAUAUUGACGGGAGCAGUAGUGGCGUUUAUUGCUUGGUUCAUUGACGUUGUCCAGGAAUGGAUGUCCGAUCUCAAACAGGGAUAUUGUACGACCAACUGGAGGUACAAUAGCAAAUUCUGUUGCUGGGGAAAAGAAGAAUGGCGGACAUGGCCCGAAGUCUUCCACACUAAGACUGAAAGUGGCUCCUACCAUGUUGCUAUGCUCAUGUACACUGCUCUUGGUCUACUCUUGUCAUUAACUGCGGCUCUGAUGGUCGUAUGGUCGGCUGAAAAAGUUGUUGCCCGGGCACCACCUUCGCAGUCCAUGUCAAAACCCACAACGCCAGCCAUCUCCUCAUCAAAGCUGGAAGACAACGGUCCUACCAAACAGCAGACCAAGAUCGCAUAUUACAGCGCAGGUUCUGGCAUUCCAGAAGUCAAAGUCAUCCUUGCCGGUUUCGUAAUCAAAGGUUUCCUUGGCAUUAAAACCCUGUUCGUUAAAAGUAUUGGCAUGAUUUUCUCAACAUCAUCAGGACUGAACUGUGGCAAAGAAGGACCGUUUGUGCAUUUCGCUUGCUCAGUCGCCAACAUUUUCUGUCGAUUGUUUGAUAAAUACAACAAAAACGAGAGCAAACGGCGCGAAGUGCUUUCGGCGUCAGCUGCAGCUGGUGUUGCUGUCGCAUUCGGCGCUCCAAUUGGUGGUGUUCUUUUUAGCUUGGAAGAAGUUAGCUACUACUUUCCCAUCAAAACCAUGAUCCGCAGUUACUGCUGUGCAAUGGUUGCCGCCAUGGUGCUCAAGAUCAUGGAUCCUUUUGGCACAGGCAAAAUCGUGCUGUUUCAGGUUCGAUAUGACAAGGAGUACCACAUAUUUGAACUCUUGCCAUUUUUGCUCACUGGCGCCUUUGCUGGUUGCUUCGGUGCAUUUGUCAGCUACUUCAACAUCAAGUAUCAGCAUCUACGGAAGACAACGUUUAUCAAGAAAUAUCCAGUUGCUGAAGUCCUUUGCAUCAUGCUCAUCACGGCUGUCGUUAGCUUCUGGAACCCAUUCGCACGGAUGGGCUUGAACGAGUUUGUUGCCAAUCUGUUCUCCGAAUGCUCUGAGGAAGAUGAUAACGGAGGCCUUUGCGCUGACGACGUAUCCGAGAUUCCGCGACUUCUAUACCUGUUGCUGACCACUUUGGUUAUCAAAAUGUGCUUGACAAUGGUCACAUUUGGAUGCAGGGUACCUGGCGGCAUUUUCCUUCCGGGCCUCAUUGUCGGUGCCGUCACUGGCCGUAUUAUUGGAUUGAUCAUGCAAUAUCUUACCUUGACCUAUCCUACGGCUUGGCCAUUCACUGCAUGCGCUGAUGACCUUGCCUCGCGGGGUGAAUGUGUCAUUCCCGGAGUAUAUGCUAUGGUCGGAGCAGCGGCAAGUCUUACUGGUGUCACUCGUACAACAGUAUCCUUGGUCGUCAUUAUGUUUGAGCUGACAUACUCGUUGACAUACGCUGUGCCGAUUAUGAUUGCUGUGAUGGUGGCUAAAUGGGUUGCUGAUGCCAUGUUCGUUGAAGGCAUAUAUGACCUACUCAUCGAUCUCCAGAUGUACCCUUACCUCGAUGCACGUAAAGCUUACGUUCACACCCACACGAUUCAAGAUCUGACCGAGCGAAACCACGAAACCAUCGAUAUCGAUAAGCUCAAUACCGUUGGCAAGCUCUACGAAAAAUUAGACGAUAUCGCUGCCAUGGGAUACAGCGAGGACGGUGGUUUCCCGAUCCUUAGUAGCAACCGCAAAUAUCUCGAAGGAUACAUUGCAGCUUCUGAACUGUCACAUGCACUCAAUGAGCUUUGUCGGUAUUUCGACAACAACCCAUAUCCCAUGACUGAACAGGAACGCAGAGAGGUGCCAGUUUAUUUCCGCCGCAGUGAUCAAGACAACAGUCUGAUGGUCGAAGCAGAAGACAAUCCAGUGCUAUGUCUAUUGCCUUCAAACGCUUCGGUUGAUACUACCGAUACUGAGCAACGCACACGACCGCCGCUCAACGACUUUUCAAUUUAUGUUGAUCAGGCACCAUUGACUAUUAAUCUCAAUGCAUCCAUGGAGUUGCUCAUGGAAAUGUUUGUCAAACUUGGCGCUCGUUAUGUGUGUUUGACGAAGACAAACGGCCAAUAUCUUGGCAUUAUUCACAAGCGUACCCUGCUUGCAUAUUUGAAGACCUUGGAGGAAGAGGAAGGAGAGUAACAAUCGUACAUCCUUUGAUUCUUCCUCGUACAAUAGUCUUCUCUGUUACAUAUAUUAUUCUAGAUUCCCUCUCUCAUGAUUAACAUGUUUGAUCCGCUUUCCCUUAUUAUUUUUUCCAUUCUUUUUCGUGUAAUAUAUAUCUCUUUUCUCCCUUCUCCCUUCUCGCCUAUUGCUUUUUAUACAUACAUAUCUUCUUUCUUGUUCUUUCUUCUUUCUUGCUUAAAUAUUGCUUAAAUAAAAAAGUGCUACACAUGCUAUACAUAUCAGAUCAUUAUU